GCUCCACGUUGCUUCAUUCACAGCACUUGACCUUUUUAAAUUUCCUUCAUCUUAUCACAACUUGGCUCUGGUGCGGUUGCUUUCACCCACAGCUUGCAGCAAAUCAUACGGUUUUCACAUUCCCUCAGGCCUCGCGCUCUCACACAGCGCGCGCGUUCACAUGAGGAUCGUAACGAGGAUUCGGGCGCCGCACCCGUUUCUCUUGUUAUUUCUGGCCAGCAGCAGCGUCGUAGAAGGAAUAAUGGAGUGGAAGAAUAUCACAAGGCCGAUGCCUAACGUCCCACUAGCCCCAGUGCCGCUUCCCGGGCCUGGCGCGGCGCGGGAUGGCGCGGAGAUCGUGAGGCAGUUGACAGGGCUGUCUCGGUCGAGUAUGAGUGGUGGCCGGGCUGCGAAAUUGAAGCUUGUCAAGGUCAUUGAGCUCGAGGGGGAGUUAUGGGAGCCAGAGGGAAUUGUAAGGCUUUCGAGUGGCGAUGUAGGGGGGGAUGAAAGAGAACGGGAACAAAUGGAGGUUGAUGAGGAGGAGGAGGAGGAUGAUGGGGAGAGGUUUUGGGUUUCGGCAGGGGAGUAUACCGUCCCGACGGAGAAGUAUCCUGACGACAAAUGGAUUGAUGGGACUGAUCGGAGCGCCGGCGCGGGGUUUGCGCAUUUUGUGGUGUUUGAUGGGCGCGGGAGACGUGUUGGGGACUGGGUUGCUUCCAAGGAAGGGGAGUUGGAGUAUCACAACGGCGGGAUAGAUUUUGACGGGCGACACGUCUGGGCUACGCUCGCGCAGUACCGGCCGAAUUCGACGGCGUCGGUGGUGAGGGUUGAUCCGGUCAGCAUGGAGAUGAAGAGGGUCUUUAAGGUGGCGGAUCACCAGGGUGGGAUCGUGCAUGAUGUCCACACUGGGACGUUGAUAACCUUGGGAUGGGGUGGGAGGAUUGCGAGGAUUUGGGAUAUUAGCAAGGCCCAGAUGAUCUGGGAGCGCGAAACUACUGGCGAUGGGAUCAGGAAGGGGGAACAGGCUCUGCUUCGCAAACGGGGUGGAGUUGAUUACGAUGGGGAAUUCGACGAACCUCAGACGACAAUCGUGAAUCCUUCGCACUGGAUAGAUUACCAAGACUGCAAAUCUCUCGGUACCGUCGACGGGAGACAUCUUAUGCUCUGCUCCGGUAUCGCGAUGCUGGCGCCGGGGGUGGAAGUAGGUGGGCUGGCGAUUGUUGACGUGGAAGGGAUGCUUCCCUUGUGGGAGGUGCCGUUUAUGGAGAGGACAGGGGCUGUGCCGUGGACGGGGGAGAAAGACCACGUAGAAUGGAGCAUUGGGAGGAAGAGCCUGUUGAUGACAAAGAACCCGAUGGAUGUUGCUGUUAUCGGGGGAAGAGUGAGGUUAUAUUUUGCGCCUGAGGAGGGCAGGAGUAGAAUUUUUAUCUAUGAGGUCUGUGAGGGGUGAUUCGCGGGGGCGGUGUGCGUGUGCUUGUUGGUGUGGUUUUCACCUUAUCGAGACUUUUGAGAGUUGCUUUUGAUGGCGAAUGAAAGCCGUCGAAAUAUGCAUAUGCAUCCCUGUACGUGUCUGACUGACAGCCAUGACGAGGGACACUUCUAUUUUCCCUGGUACCUUAGGCUUCAUAGAAGUCCUUAUCAGUGGUGCCUUGUGCUGCUCCAUUGGUGCGCAUCGUAAGCCAUAGGCGAGAUAGACGUCGUUUUCGCACUGAAGCUUGCUGGCCACACUAAACAUGUAAGCAUUUUAG